AGACAACAUUGAAUUUAAAUAAAACAAGGGCACUUCGCAACAGCUUUAUCGAUACCCCUAAUACACCUAGGUGACCCCUCGGCGUUGCCUUCUUACCUGCCAGGAUGGCCGCCCCCCGGAUGUCUUCGCGAAUGGCCUCCAUCGCGGCGCGCCAGCGGCAGACGCGAGUAGGCAGGAUGACGAGGCACACGAUCUUCACGAUGAAGCGGCCCAUCACCUUCCAGGUGCGCAAGUCGCUGGUGGAGUACGUGGACAUGGAGCUGGCGGACAUGGACACGUCGGUGUUCUACCAGCGCAUCUUCAUCCUGGCCAAGAACUGCCACCUCACGCCCCAGGAAACCGAGGAGGAGGUGCCCGCCGAGGCGGCGGUGGACCAGGCGGAGCCCGAACCAGCCGCAGCGGAGACCAUUCAGUUCACGGCGGAUGCAGUUAUAGAGAACGAUGAUGAGGACACCCCGACGUCGACGGUGACGGAUGCCACGCGUGGCCGUGGGCCGGAGGACAGUGCUUCCCCGGAAGGGGGGGCGUCGGACAAGGAGGUGAUCACGCACCUGUUCCGUUUCAGCGAGGAGGAUCAGGAGGAGGAGGAGUCCGUCGAGGAGGAGGAGAUCGAGAUGGACACCUUGACACCCGACCAGCCCAAGGACUUCUUCGCCAUCUUCAGCGAGCGGCUGCAGGACCUGCACGCGCAGUGCAAGGCGGUGGCCAUCAUCCCGGAUCCCAUGUGCGGCCUCUACAUCCACAUGGGCGACUACAGCCUCCUGAUGCUGGAGUCCUCCGAGGACAUGAUCGGCUGCUUCACGCGCGCCCUGGCCGACUGCUGCGAUCAGUUCUGGACGAUGAACCGCGUCUUCCAGAUCGAGGACCACGUCAAAGAGCUGCACACCAAGAGCCUGCUCUUCCGCCGCAUCCCGGCCGUCUUCCUCAACGAGAAGUUCCCCACCUCCACGCCCACGGACGAGUACCUGAUGGGCAAGCAGCACCUGAUCAUCAAGGACAAGCUGCUGGCCAUCUGCCGGCUGAUCUCGGAGGCCCAGACGGUGGACCCGGAAGCGCUGUCCGUUCGGGACAGUGACUACGAGGUCGACAUUCCCAAGAUGAAGUCCAAGACCUCCUUCUUCCAAAGCGAGAACUUGCAGGUGGAGGUCUACCGCAAGCACCUUCCCGAGAUCCAGCGGAUCGAGCUGGUCCUGGCCUCCACCAGGUUCUACUACAGCCUGGACGAGUUCGCCGGACUCUACGGCCGCGUGCCCUUCUCCCCCGACGAGGACGGCCUCUUCUGGCCCAUCCAGAACAACUACACCCCGCCGCACAUCUUCCGCCGCACUCCCUACGACAUCAACCUCACCUUCGCGGACUACGCGGCGGUGGCCAACAAGAGGAAGACCCACGAGAGCUUGAUCGGAGAUCUGGACACUGGGGAGGAGGAGACCGCGGAGGCCCCACCGAAAGAGGAGGCUUCCCCGAAAGCUGAGUAACUGGUUGCGAUUUUGAGUUUUGCCUUGGUUUUUGAGAUAUUUCUUCAAUUACUAAUUAUACCUAGCAAGAGCUUUAAAUAUACUCGUUUUGCUUAAAUAUUA